AUGACAUCUGACAAAGCUACCGAGGCACUAAAAACUGCCAGCUUCGAGUCAAAGGAGGCCCAGCGGCUUCUACGAGCGGCAAUGCGCAAGGAGAAGAAAGAACUGAAGGCCGAGGCCAAGAAGGAGCGCAAGCUCAAGGCCAAGCAAGCAUCCAAACUGACAGAUAGAAAGCUUGGUGCUGGCGAGGGCGCCGAGAAGAAGAUCAGAUCCAGCAAGGGGAAGAAGGAGCGACAGAUACUGCGCCUAAAGCUGCGCUCCGAGCAGCUCAAGGCGGAGGGUCUAAAGCUGCUGGAAGAUGCGGAGAAGGCCAGGGUUGAAUAUGAGGAGAUGGCUGCUCAGGUCCAGACAAAGAAAGGCAAACCGACAAGCGAUAUGGACUCCUCGAGCAGCAGUGGAUCAGAGUCCGAAUCAGACUCCGAGUCGACAUCUGAGGCUGAGUCCUCGCCCGAGCCAGAGCCUCUGCCAGAAAAAAAGGGCAAGAAGAGCAAAAAGUCCAAGAAAGCCGAAGACGCAGAACCUAUCGACGAGGAUAGCUCACAUGUAAAGAAAAAGAAAGCCAAAAAAGACAAGGCGAAAGUGAAGGAGACAGAUGCGCUCAAUGUCGAGCCGGCUACAGAUGAGGAGCCUUUACAAGACAAUAAGGAGGCCAAGAAAGUUCGUAAGGAAGAAAAGAAACGCAAGAGAGCGACCGAGCCCGAUGUCACAGUGACCACUGCGGACGAUAUAUCAAAAGAAAAGAAGCCGAAGAAAUCAAAAGUCAAAGAUGAAACGACUGCCGAAGCACCUGCAAUAGUGGAGAAAAAUCCCGCUCGCACUAGCGCAGCUGAGCAGUGGAAUGUGAGCGGUCUCGAUGGAGGUACCUCAAGACAGGACAAGUUCAUGAGGCUUUUGGGCGGCAAGAAAGCCGGGAAUGAAAGAGCCUCGGUGUCUGGUAGCGCGUCAAAAGGUAAGGUUGACUCUUAUAGGUCGGCCGAUGACUUGCAGAGACAGUUCGAUUACGGCAUGAAGAUGAAGCAUGAGAUGGGAGGCCAGAAAAGGGGGCUGGGGGCUUGA